AAACUAAUUAGAGGAAAGAAUAAACGAAAGGAGCUGUUGGAAAGCUGAAUAAACCAAAACUUUACUUUUCAACAAUAUGCCUCAGAAAGAUUACCGAAGUCAGACGAGCUGGGAGAGCGGCGUGGCCUCCAUAAUGCAGAAUAGUCACAGUGGCGUAAACCAGCUUGGAGGAGUGUUUGUGAAUGGAAGACCUCUACCUGACUCCACCAGGCAGAAGAUCGUGGAGCUCGCUCACAGCGGAGCUCGACCAUGUGACAUAUCCAGAAUACUACAGGUAUCUAAUGGCUGUGUGAGUAAGAUCCUGGGCCGCUAUUAUGAGACAGGCUCGAUCCGUCCUCGGGCCAUCGGAGGAAGUAAACCCAGGGUGGCCACCCCAGAGGUGGUGGGCAAGAUCGCCCUGUACAAGAGAGAGUGUCCAUCCAUUUUUGCCUGGGAAAUCAGAGACCGGCUGCUAGCAGAGGGAGUCUGCACCAACGACAACAUCCCCAGUGUUUCUUCAAUAAAUCGAGUGCUGAGAAAUUUGGCCAGUGACAAGCAGCAGAUAGGCUCAGUGGGAGCCGAAGGGAUGUUUGACAAACUGAAGAUGCUCAACGUACAAAGCAACUGGGGAGGACGCUCGGGGUGGUAUGCUGGAACCACCAUCUCUACCACGGACUGUGGGCAGGCAGAGGGAGGAGAGAACAACAUAUCAGUUAGCUCCAACGGUGAAGACUCAGAAGAGACUCAGAUAAGGCUUCAGCUGAAGAGGAAGCUGCAGAGGAACAGAACAUCUUUCACACAGGACCAAAUAGAAGCACUGGAGAAAGAGUUUGAAAGGACUCACUAUCCAGAUGUGUUUGCUCGUGAACGUCUUGCCAACAAAAUCGACCUUCCUGAAGCCAGAAUACAGGUUUGGUUUUCCAACCGACGAGCGAAGUGGAGACGAGAGGAAAAGCUGAGGAAUCAGCGUCGACAGGCCUCCAACUCCUCCAGCCACAUUCCCAUCAGCAGCAGCUUCAGCACCACUGCUUAUCAGCCUCUACCACAACCAGCUGCACCCGUGUCCUUUACUUCAGGAUCCAUGCUGGGAAGAUCUGAUCCAGUUCUGUCCAACAGUUACAGCCUACCAGUGAUGCCCAGCUUCAGCAUGGCUGCCAGCCUACCUGUGCAGGCCUCCAACCAGACCUCUUACUCCUGCAUGCUGCCCACCAACCCCACUGUGAACGGCAGAAGUUAUGAGACAUAUACUCCUCCACACAUGCAGCCACACAUCAGCAGCCAGUCUAUGACAUCGUCUGCAACAUCCUCAACAGGUCUGAUAUCUCCUGGCGUCUCAGUUCCAGUCCAAGUUCCAGGAAGUGAGGCAGACAUGUCGCAGUACUGGCCACGCCUGCAGUGACUUCAGCAUCCGGACUGCAUGGGCCAUAUCCAUCUUUUCAGGUUGAAUCAGCUGUCACUGACUACGACUGGCUGCAGCUCAGCAAACAGACUCAUUUCUCUCAUUUGUGGAGUUUGAAUGCUGCUUAAAUCUGCUGAGAUGUUAAUAUUAAAGCAGAACAAGUUCAGUGAAAACUGGAUCGAAUGUCUCUUCACCUCAUGUCCUCUGUUUGGUGAGGACACUGAAGAAAAAGCUGAGCUUUUCUCAGGAAGCUCAGGAAGGUGGACCAUCCAGACACAAAGCAACAUUGUGGACAUUUUACUUCCACCUUCAGACGAUAAUUUAAACAAACGGGGGUAUUUGAAGCUAAAUGACAUGUUGACAGAAAUGUAAAGGGAAGAACUUAUUGAAACUUGAAAUGAACGUCUGCCGUAUUUUUCUUUUUUUUUCUUUUUUUUUUUUGCAUCAGCAGUUUCUGAAGCCUUGGUGCUGAAUUUGUACAGGAUUACAGAAUAUGAGUCCUUGUGAUAUAUGUUUGAUAUUGUAAACGAUGAAAAUGAUGUGAUCUCAGAUUAUGAGCUGAAAACUGUUUAGUUUAAAGUUAUGAUGUCCAUAAAAUGAACAGUAAAACAUCUGAGCAGCUUCUAAGAGGUGAAACUUUG